UACUAGUUGUGUGACCCUGGGCAAGUAAGUGCAAUUGCCUUGCACAAAAAAACAACAAAAAGUUAAGUGCUGCAUAAGAACCAAGGAGUUUGAACACUGAGAAGAAUCCAAUAGAUUUGACAAUAGAUAACUUAAAUAUUGUAAUUACUUGAACAGAAAGAGGAAUAAAUAGGUGCAGAGUUCAGAAAACAGAUUACAAGCCAGGAAUGGAGAUAUGAUAUAGUAGAAGUAGUAGGGGACUUGAAUUAUCAGGACAUACUUUUUAAAAAGAGAAGUCAUUGGUAAUUUUGGAAAGAGCCAAUUUCAUUUGAGUAAUAAGGUUAGAAUCAGAUUUCAUAGACUUGAGAUGUGAGAGGGGAGUUAGUAUAGACUUAAGUUUUUCUUGUUUAGUUGUGAAAAGAUGGAGAUAUAUAGUAAAAAAUAUGGGAUCUGACAGAGAAAGGUUUGUUGUUAUUUUUUAAAGGGUAAAAAUGUGGGCAUUUUUGUAGAUGUUAGAGAAGGAUCCAGUAUAUAAGAAGGAAUUGAGAAUGAAGAGGGGUUGUAAGGAAGGAGAUAGGAAACUACAAGUAGGAUUGGUAAUAGCAAGGAAAAGGGACAAGUCUUUAUCAGAGGCUAGAGCAAAGAGAAAAUGGAACAUACUAUCUGGGGAGUUUGAGAUAGAAAAGGCAGCCCGGAUUAGCUCUAUUUUAUCAAUAGAUUGUUGUUGUUUGUCCUUGGAAGAUGACCAUGAUAGUGACAUCAUGACAUGCAAGUUAAUUGGAUUUAAGUGAGGGAGGAAUGUGUCAAGGUCAUCUGCUUUACCUUCCCCUCCAGAGUCAUCUGGGUCCAGUAACAAUGUGUAAAUCAAGACAACUGGCCCUGUAUGAAAUGGGAGACCUUGGUCUUUUUUAAGCUAAGGUCUUGUAUGACAAAGGAAAGAAACGAAGUAUGUUAUGAGAGGUUUAAGUUUGGACCAUUGGGGAUGUGCAGCAAAGAAUCAAGAGAAAGCCAAAAGAUUUCCUUGCUGCUUUGAGGGCUGAGAUUAAAUAGCAUGGAUUUGUAAUGGAUCCUUGCGUCAUGGUUUAACAGCAUCUGAAGAGGAGCAGAGAUCUGUAUUCAACCUGUUUCCUCCAUACUGCAUUGCCAUGAUCCUCAUUCCAUUACUUAUCCCUCACAUGUCCUGUUGAUAACCAUCCACCCUCUUAGUCGUCUUCCUGCUUUUAAGGGCUUUUUUCUCCAGUUCAUCUUUCUUAAAGAUGCCAAAACAACUUUGCUAUGAGGCAGGUCUAACCUUAUCACUUCACUUCUCUCAAAAACCUUCAGGGGCUUUCUAGUGCAUAUAGGAAAAAAGAAAUUUAUCUUAACAUGAAAGGCCCUCCAUAAUUGUGUUAGCACCAUCCUUUCUCAUACUGUCUCAUCCUAUUUCUUUUUACACACUCCAGCCAAAAUCCAUAUGGGAGGACUUACUGUUUCAUAAUCUUAGCUUGUCGUGCUUCAGCCUUGAGCUGUAGUCCCUACUCUUCACUUGUAAGUUCUUCACUUUCUUCAAGACCUAGUUUAGGUGUCAGUCUUCUCUGAAUCUCUCCAGUUAAACAUGUUCUUAACUUUUUCCUCUAGGGUGUAUAGUUUGGGUCUCUCCCAUGUCCUAGUUUCUCUUUACCUUGUAUUAUUUAGUUAAAGCCAAAAGAUGUGACUUAACUAUGUGUAAGGCACUAUAUUGGGUUCUGAGGAUUCCUGGGGAAAAAAAUAGCCCCUCCUCCCAAGGAUCUUAUAAUCUAAUGAAGGCUAUGCCAUGUACAGAGAUAAAUAAGCAAAAAGUUAUAUAAAAUCUUACCCAGAGGGACACAGCAGUAACAACUGGGUUGACUUGGAAAGACCUCAGCCAGAAGCUGUCUCCAGAGCUGUGCUUGGAAGGAAUCGAGGGAUUCUGGGAGGUGGAUACAAGGACAGAGUCCAUUCCUGAUACUGGGGAUCACAUAUUCACAGGUGUCAAGCACUGGUUUGUGGGCCCAGGACAGCUCUUCACAGCCUAAUGCCAUGAAUGUGGAGGUGGAUAAUGUGGAGGAGAAAGCUGUCCAUUCAUGGUCCAGAAUCUCUUCUGCAGGACAGAAAGCCUUGGAAGAAGCACUCCUGGUCUUCAACCCCAUGUCCAAGGACCUCAGUGACACCGAGGCCCAACUUGUGGCCUUUCUGCAAGGUCUCCGGGAGGAGGGCUACCAGCCCACUAUCCUUCGGAGCAAGGAUGUGUAUGGCUAUAGCUCCUGCACAGCCGACCCCCCAAGCCAAACCAAACAGCAUGUUGGCCCUGCUGCUCAGGCCAAGCCACUGCCCUCGGACGUUCCCAAAGCCACUUCUAGGAGCCUGCUAGCUGUCCCAGGGACCAUCUUGGGGAGGUCUUCUAAGGUCUCUAGUUCCCCAAUAAUCAAAACCAGCUCCACCAACCUUUUGUUGAACUCCCUGAAACAAUCGGGCUCAGGCAGUGGUAAGAACUCAUCUGUGGGCUUCCCUACCCACAUGUACCCUGGGGUGUAUCCAGCUAUGCGGCUCUCUGUUGUUCUAGAAGCCUUGGUCCCUUUAAAGGCUACAGCAUCCUGUUUAAACUCCAAGUACAAGCCUCUGGGGAUCUCAAAUUCAGACCUUAAGCUGCUGAAGGGUUCGGGGAGAUCCCGGCAAUCAGCUCCUAACAAAACCACUAACAAAGGGCACCGGUGUUUGAUCCGAAAAGCACCAGACCGGGCUGCCCUCCCAAAGGGCGGACGACGGGGCCCCAAUGGUGGUGUCCUUCGGGAGAGCAAUGCCUGCAAGGCCUCAGGCAUCCUAAAUGGUAGGCGCCGAAAGAAGGGGACCCAGGUGAAGACUUCCAAGAGCGGGGCCAGGACUGCCUGUAGAGGUGGCAGAGGCAGCCACCCAGAAGCCACAGGGCCAAAGAGGAAAAGGUCAGAGGAGGCUAAAGAGACCCCAGCCAAGAAGAAGAGCAAGUUGGGGCCUGGACUAAGCAAAGCGAGGCUAGUGCCAAGCUCACCAAACCUCCUGAAGUUCCGGGUCAUCAAAGUGAACAAGCGAUUCUCCGAUGAGGAGGUGCGGCAGAGAGCACAGAAAAUCCUGAGAGUCAAUUUGUCUCCAGUGAUCCGGAUCCAGCCACUGCCCCACUCUGUCUCCUGAUUGACUCAAGGUCCAGUCCAGGGCCCAUUUCCCUCUGACCCAGCCAGUCCACACACCACUGCCCCCUCCCCCCCUCAACUCUUCCAUCUUCCCCUGUGGGAAGGGGGAGUGAGAAACUUUGAUUCUCCUGCUGGUGGCUGGAGCAGUAUGGGUGUUGGGUGACAGUGUGUUAACUGAUACCUGCAGACUCUGGGCAGCUUGCUCCAUUCCUGUUUCAGGCUUUCUGGCCACCAGGCUCCUGGGACUGCCUGCCUGGCUCUGAGCCACAUUCAGAAAUGCAGGGAGAUGCCUCCCCCAUCCCAAGGGAGAGAGCGGGUCUUAUUACCUGCUCUCAAAGAGCCACUUACGGCUUCACCCCAACCGACCUUCCCCAAAUCCUUGGGGGAGGCAGUUUUGUCAUGACGUGAUGCACUGUGAUUUGUUAUUUUCCAAGCUCUAUGUUUACUGAUUUCAUUUUGAUCAAGUUUUAUAUCUUUAUAUGCCCCCUUUUUCCCACCCUACCCCCUGGCCCCAGUGUCUGUCUUUUCCAUCAGUAGUCAGAGCUUGGGGUUCCCUCCCUCUUUUCAAAAUGCAUUUACAACUCCUCUUGUUUUGGGCCAUCUCCAUGCUUCCAGGAAAGUUCUUAACACUGAAGGAGUAGAAAGUGGUUUGGUUUCAGGAACAGGUUAAUCAAGAGCCCCUGGCGUUUGCUUUCUAAUCUUAAUACCGGGGGAAAGGCCUGCUGCCUGCCUACCUGGAUGACCAUCACCUUGAGAACAUCGAUUUAGUGAGGCAUCUCCUAAGUGCUGUUAAGGGUGUAGCAGAGGGAGCCAGUGUGUAAAACUGGCAGAUAAUUUAGUGUUUGGGGAUUUGUUCUCACUUCCUCUGAGUGGUUAUGGGAGUCUCUGCUUUCUUGGAGUUUGCUUCUGGGGGUAAAUUUGGGCAGAGGCUAGUUCACUCCCCUUUCCUGAGACAGCCUGGACUUGGGCCUUGUGAGCAAAUAAAAAAUCAGCUGUCUAGGCCCUUCUUUCUUCUGCAAGAUCCUGGGGAAGCCUGCCAAGUGAAUGAGCAUAGAGUUGUGACCCUAGAGCUGAUAUCUAGGCCAAGAGAGGAAAAGAGGAUUUUUUUUUGGGGGGGGGGGGGCUACUUCUUCCCAGGGGGACGGAACCAGACAGUGACUCCUUGUCUCCCAUCCUUGCACACCAUGAUUCUGUGGGCAACCAUCCAGAGCUUCAAGGCCUUUCCUCAGGGCUGCUGUUUCCCUCCUGGCUGCUAUUUCUCCUCCCCAGGGCCUUAUCUCUAAAUCCCUGCAGCUAGACCUUGAGGAAUUGUGGCUGUCUAGCCCCAGCCUUUCUUCCCCUCUUUCCCUUCAUCCUUCCCCAGAAUCUGGUCUCCCCUCUCCUGCUUUCUACCAGUUAUACUCUAGGGUCUCAGCUCUGGGAGUAUGUGUUGAGGGAGGGUGUUGAGGGAGGGGGAAUGGGGAGAGAGAUGUUCAGUCUCUACCCGCUUGGAACAAAAGGAUGGUUGGAGUUAGGAGUGGCCUAGAGUACCAAUGGUCAUUGUGUCUCAGGACCAAGACUUUGAGGCCUUAAUCCACUUCAGACCCCAUUGUGGGCCUGUGGAACAGAGCUGGAAGCUAUUGAGCCAGGUCAAGCCAUGCCCCUUUCUAGUUGGGGGGAGUACUCUGUUUCAGGAUUGGCUCCUCUGCCAGUCAGGCAAUGGUGGUUGCAAAGAUGGCCUCUGCUGAUGGGUUGAUGUAGGCUUGGGGCCUGUGGGAGAAGUUCUCCACUAUCAUUACUUUUGUAGAAGUUGGGGAGGAAGGGGUAAUGACCAAAAAGACUUGGUCACCUCCAUGGCAGUGGAAAAUAUUUCACAAUUGGACCCCGGACUCUCAGAUGGGGGGCUGAGCUGGCACUCCCCCCCCCCAAAUUUGAAUCCAAACAGUGUCUCCUUCCCCUUUCAUCCUACCCUCAAGUCAUCCACCGUACCCUUGCCCUUUGCUGUCUGUGGGUCCCUCGGAGUCCAUAGUGGCAAUGGUGGAGGUGGAGCCUAGAAGGUGGGUCACCAUUCCUACCCUGGUUGGUGUCCUUUGUGACUUUGGGAAACUCGAGGACCAGACCCUCAUCCCUGCUGCGUGUUCAUUGGUUUGUUUGUGACGUCUCCACGGAUGCGGAUCUGUGAUGUUCGGUAUGCAGGUGUGGCCUGUGAAGAGUGCAACUGACUUCAAGGGAAGGCCCUCAGGCUUCUGGGGUCUGAGGUCUUGCCAGCAUUUAAGUUAAAUGGGAAUUUUUGACCACUUGCAGGCCACUUGUUCUGCUGUCCUCAGUAAAUGGUGCUUCAUCCUCUG